UCUAGUCCCAGCCGUAUAGCUUAGGGCGCGUGUUCCAAAGCCAUGCGCGAGACGCCCUUUGGCAUAGCCUUAUCGAAUGCCCUGAGGUAGCUUGCGUAUAUAUAUUCUAGGUCGUGCCCCCGGCCGUUCGUUCGUUCGUUCGGCAUAGUGCGGAUCCUCAAAGUAAACAUAGCAUUCAGCUAUUAGCACAACAUCAUCAUGAACGACGCACCGCCAUAUUCCCCGACUGCGAAUUCUAAUGAAAUGGGUCGUCUACCACAUGACUUCCACAUCCCGCGAUGGAAUGAAAGACAUGAAGAUCCGUUAGCAUCGCUAGUGCGAUGGAAGACUAAUAGGUCGAGCAUGUCGUCGUCGGGAUCAACAUACACGUCUGGAGAUGAGGGACCAAGCCGAGCAUAUGCGGAGUCGUAUCCUUCAUCGCAUGACCCUAUCACACAUGUAGCCACCGCGCCAGCAGUUCUCGAAGCACCCCCAAACUACACGCCAAUUGAUGCCCUGGCGCAUGUCUUCCAUAUAGAAGGAGGUCUUGUAUAUGCGACGCGGACGAGCACAACGCCGCGUUACCAGUUGAUGCAAGAGUUCACGAGGUCGGGUCGACCCAAGAAGCUGCAUAUUCGGCGGCUGAUGGCAUCGGAGUCACGGAAGAGCUCCCUGUCUGACGCUUCUUCGCUGAAUUCAGCAGACCGGCUACGUUAUGACGAGGACAGCACAAUGUAUACGAUUACGACGUUUGAUAUGCGCGGACUUCGGUCGUCGACGUUGGGAGGGAGCAUUCAGUUUGAAAGUGGGGGUGGCUUGCUUGGAGGGAAGUGGGUUAAGGUGUGGCAUUUGAGGAAGACGAGGAAGAGGAAUAGUUUGAAUCCUGAGAACGAAAGAAAGAUCGAGAAGUACGGAUAUCAUUCACGCGAUGAAUGGGAUAAGCAACUGUUGUUCCUUGUGAAAAAGGGGAUAUGGGAAGAUGGAGAGGGGAGGAAAGUUGCAAUUGAAGAUGGAAACGGGUUCGAGAUUGUGGAUCCAAAGGUGAAAGAUCAAGAGGGUGCGAACUGGAAGAGAGAUCUCAUGGUUGCAUCAUGGAUUAUGCGGAUGUGGCGGGUUGAUGGGAUUCGAUGGGAAAAUGAUAUAAAGGGAUGGUGACGAUAGUGUAGGGUCAACGGAUUCCCAUCUUUCUCAUUACAUUUCAUUCAAGAAUAUUACUAUAGGUACAGACAGAAUAACGCCAAAGCGGUCAUGGCCUUUACUCCCUUCAGAUCGAUAUAUACGGAUUUUGAUGACCUAUUCCAGCUUCUUGCUAGAUUUAGAUCUGAUGUAGA